CAUCCGCCAUCUUGAAUUUAGUAUUGUGCCAGUCGGGGGGGCGGUGACAUAUUUUUACCCGUCAUCGUCGUAAUUUUGUGAAUUUGUUGGAAAAACGCGAAAAUAAGUGUCGUUACAUCGUGUAAAUAGUUUAUGUCAGGACUGAACGUGAGGAUGGCGGGUCAGACUAUAAACGAUAGGCUUUUGGCCGCCCGCCACAGCAUCGCCGGGCAGGGUUUAGCUAAAUCCGUUUGCAAAGCUACUACCGAAGAAAUGAUAGCUCCCAAAAAGAAACAUUUAGAUUAUCUAGUCCACUGCACAAACGAGCCCAACGUGUCGAUACCACAGCUCGCCAACCUGCUGGUAGAGCGUACACAGAACACUAAUUGGGUGGUGGUGUAUAAAGCUCUAAUAACUGUACAUCAUCUACUAGCAUAUGGGAAUGAGAGGUUCACACAAUAUCUAGCAUCGAGUAAUUCAACAUUUCAACUUAGCAAUUUUCUAGACAAAAGCGGCGUACAAGGCGCGGCCGGUGCCCGGAUUGGAUAUGACAUGUCUCCGUUCAUCCGGCGGUACGCCAAGUACCUCAAUGAGAAGGCGCUGUCGUACAGGACUGUGGCCUUUGACUUCUGCAAGGUUAAAAGGGGUAAGGAAGAAGGUUCCCUGCGUAUGAUGAACGCGGAGAAGCUGCUGAAGACACUGCCGGUGCUGCAGGCGCAGCUGGACGGCCUGCUGGAGUUCGACUGCACUGCUAAUGAUCUCACUAACGGAGUCAUCAACAUGUGCUUCAUGUUGCUCUUCAGAGAUCUCAUCAGAUUGUUCGCGUGCUACAAUGACGGCAUCAUCAACUUGCUGGAGAAGUACUUCGACAUGAACAAGAAGAACUGCCGCGAGGCUCUCGACCUCUAUAAGAAAUUCCUCAUCAGGAUGGAUAGGGUCGGAGAGUUCUUGAAGGUGGCAGAGAACGUGGGUAUAGACAAGGGUGACAUCCCUGACCUGACCAAAGCCCCCAGCAGUCUCCUGGACGCCCUGGAGGGGCACUUGGCCUCACUUGAAGGCAAGAAGGGCUCCGCUGCCAAUACUCCCACACAAACCGCUAGCGCCCAAAAGAACGUAGCAAGCGUGAUGGUCGCUCUAUCCUCCACAUCGUCAUCGUUCGGUAACGCGGCCGCAUCCACUCGACUGGACAACCAGCCCAACGGGGCCUCGCCACUCUUCAUAGACGAUACCCUCAAACAACAGGCCUUGGCUGAGGAGGAGGCCGCUAUGAACCAGUAUAAGAAUAAGGUGCAGUCUCCGACGAACGCUGCUAACAACCCGUUCUUAUCGUCUGCUCCUAGUCAGACACAGUCUAUUGUGGACUUGUUCGGACCUGCUCCAGCUGAUACAACCAGUACUACUAGCAAAGCUUCCGAUGAUCUGCUGUCUCUUGGAAACCCGUUCGCUGAUAACAUGUUUGGAGCGGCGCCGGUGACGAGCACGCCGAUGUGGCCCCAACAACAACAACAACAACAACAGCCGAGCAACGGCUUCGCGGCCUUCCCGCCUCAGCAACAGAACAACUCCUUUGUGUCCGAGGCUAACUUCUCUAACGUUUUCGAUAACACUGAUUCCGCAGCUGCCGCGGCUAAUCCGUUCAUGGGUAUGGGAGACCUCACCCAACCAAUAUCCGCGUCACCCGCCCGUCCCCCUCCUCCCACCAUUCCCCCACAACCCAAAUCAGCGUUCGACGACCUUGAAGACGUGAUGCGCAUGUCUUUGGGCGGAUCCCCGGCUAAGUCUCAGCAGCCAAUUACACAACAGCCUCAACCAAUGGCGGCGCAGCCUUUCAGUGACGUCAUGUCAAUGCCGAUGGCUCAACCAAUGAUGUUCGGCUCGCCCGCCCGACAGCCCAUGAUGCCGAUGGGAGCGACCGGUCAGCAACCACAGCAGCAACAAGGCAAGGUGUUGACUGGUGACUUGGACUCUUCACUCGCUCAGUUGGCCAACAACCUUACUAUCAACAAGACGGCUACGGCACAAAAACCGAUGCAGUGGAAUUCGCCGAAGAACGCGUCGAAACCUGGACAGACGUGGACACCACAACCCAUGCAAGCAACUACAGGCGCCGGGUACCGACCAAUGGGCCCAGGCAUGACACUCCCACCAAUGCCCCAUACUAUGCCCCAUGCAUAUCACCCCCCGCAUUAUAUUAUGCAACAGCCAGGCAUGGUAAUGGGCAUGCAAGGAGCGCCAAUGAUGCCGAUGGGCAUGGCUCAACCGAUGCGACCCGCCGUGCCACCGCAGCCUACCACCAACCAGUUCAGUUAAGCACCACCUUUAUUAUUUGAAGGUUUACGUUUAUAUCAAAACCCGACUGCUCAUUGCACUUCAUAUAAAACCACAGGACACGCUACAUACAUAGCGAUCCUAUAGAAUAAGAAGAUGCCAGUCUUAUAUAAACUCUAAUAAAUUCAAUGUAAUAGCAAAAAAGUAUUCCUCUAAUUAGUCAAAUUUAUCCAAGUAUAGUUUUAUUAUUAUUAUAAUAGGUUAUUAUUGGAAUUGAAAUUAUGGUAGUUUUGUUUUUUUUUGAGCUCAAUUUAUUUGAAUUUAUUUUAACGAAGAAAUUUAAUGAAUGUUCUAGUUUUUAAGUCUUGUUACUCAAGCUAAUAUAAUAAUUAUACAUUUUAUUUGUUAAUUACUUCUUUGAAUUUCUUCAUGUGUUCUUCUUUAAGUUUAAAAUGCUUGAUUCAUUCAAGUGAUACGGUGUAUAGCAGUCGGGUUAUCUAUGUCAUGUCAGCUGACGUGUGAUCGGUAGGUUCUACCUUAUAAGUGCACCGUUUAGUUGCGAAUUUUAAACGGAACUUACGCCCUUAACAUACGUUCAUUAUGAGUUUAGGAUUGCCAGUCGAAAAAACUAGUUGUUUUCAAAGUUACCUGUAUUUAAUAGUUUGUUGGGGAAAACGAUCGAAUGGAAUUACAGAUACUUGAAUUAAAUAAAACUCUUCUUUAUCGAUUGUAUACUUAAUUCAUUUUGAAUUGAGACAAAAUUAUUGCAAUUUUUAUUAAUUUUGUUGAAACCAAACGUUUAUGAUUAUAACAUUAUGAAUACUUAGUUUUGAGUAGAAACCGAUAUGAUUAUGUAUAUUAAUUGAUUAUUUCGAUGAUUUCUUAUGUUUUUUUUUUAUUCAAUAAACUUUGCGUUAUUUGACUUAUGAAUCAUGAAAUGUCUUAUGAAAAAGGUGCGCAAGAUUUUUUAUUUUCAAAAUUAUACACAUCACAUUCCAUACUUGUACAAAGUGAAAAAUAAAAUAAUUUAUUAUGAGGUACUCGUUAACUUAGCUUAUUACCUACCUUUGGCAUAGUCAGUAUUUAUGAAUUGGAAUUGAAGUGAGUUCUAGUUUCUUUUUGUAAUAUUUUUCCAGUGUUGGGCUGAAAGCGUAAUAUUUACUUUCAGCAACGGAUGCAUAAAUAAAGUUAAUGAAAUCAUAUAGUUAUACUGGGUAGACGUCACAUAGACACCCUUAAUAAUAUUAUUCUGUAACUUGAUCCGUAUAUUAUGUGUAUAAAAAUAAAUAAUUGCAUAUUUAGUCAUAUAUUAAGCCUACGUGGUUUGAACGGAAUGUAAUUUUUACUCCAACCUCCAUUGUUUGGGUAAAAAUACGAUUCAAAGUUCAAUAAUACAUAUUUCCAUAUCCUCCAGUUAUGUAAAAACUGUAUUUGUCAUAUAGAAUAUUAUGUAUAGAGGGUUAUGCAUUAGAUUGUUAUAACAUUAGAUGUUACGGGUGUAUAUUAUAAAUGUAUGGCUGUUGUGAAUAUAUGAACUAGGUGCUUGCUAUAUUAGGCCCCAUUGCACAAUCCAUUGGUAAUGCAAAAUUUUCACAAUUUGAAAAAAAUCUAAAAAUGUAACGGUGAUGUUAAUGGGUCCCAAAAUUCGCCACGGACAAUCGGUUAACGUCCUAAAUUGAAGCUCGGUUUGCGCUAAAAUUUGGAAUUUCAUGGUUACGCAAAAUUAUGGACUUAACAAAUUGGAUAUUGCCAAAUAUAUUGGAAUGUAAGUCUACGCCCUAUCUUUAUAUAGUCUUAACAGUUACUAGCAAUACUUUGUACAAAUGUGUUAAUUAAAGAAAAGAAAAACCGUUCGCUUCUUGUGAUAUUUCAUUUCUAAAGACUGCAAUCCAAUAUUUCGAAGUAUUAAAGUAUGCUUUAUUUUUAUGAAUGUUUUCUUAAAUCCAUCGUUUGGACAAAGUAUUGUAUAAACGUUGCCAUCGUUAACUCGUUCAUAAUAAAAAAAAAUACAAAAUUGUACGGAACACCCGUGGUUUUCGUAUGGCAACACUGUCAAUGUUGCUGCACUAUAAUCAGUGUUACUUAUAAUAUAAUAUAUAUUCACAGGUACAUGUAGAUGUAUAAACAUGAUAAUUAUGUAUUUAGAAUAAACGCAAAAAUAAUGUUUGCCGUGUGAUUCAAUGGUGUAUGUAAAUAUAGGUGUUGCAUAGUACACAGUGCUAAUUAAACCCCUUACCUUACUUCAGCUAGCUUUCCACAAAGGCCAGUGACCGUCUAUAAUUUGUUACUGCUUGUUUGAUGUUCAGUUGUACUGCUAAAGUCAGGUGGUACAGCACUUAUUGUAAGAAUGUCUUCAUCCUAGUUUUCUUGCACCUGGUUUUGGUAGUAUUUCGCAGUCCGGGCUGGCUUUCUAUACGUGUUUUAGUGAGCAAUGAUAAUGCUAAAUGUUAGGCUAAUUUGAUUAUCCAAAUUAAUGAUAUAAUCAUUUGCAAUAUGUUUGAGAUCUGUGAAUUAUUUCAUCGCUUGAAAUGAUUGAUAAUAUUUUGUGCAAUAUUUUUCUUUUAAAAUUUUAUACAUGGCAACUCUGAUGUUGGUAUAGUCUGUUAUUCGUUAAUGUGUACUUCAAUUUUUAGAAAAAAUCUGCAGUUUGCUUAAGCACAUUAACAGCAGAAUGUUCAUAUAAUUUACAAGUAUUAUGAUUUGAAUAUAUUGACAAAGAAAGUCCAGUGGUUUGUAGAGGUGUUCAGUUGGCCAUACUUUACUUCUUAAAUGGAUGCUGUGAUGUCAGGUGGAUUCGACUGACUUAUUUGAAAUAGGUGGGAUUCGCUCUUAGUUAACACUAUAAGUUUCUUUUUAUAAGAGAAUACUAGUUAAACCACAUUUUUGAAUUAGUUUUAGUACUCAUAGCGGCCUUUAAAAUUUUUAAGUUGUAAAUUUUAUUCAUUUAUUUUUAUCAAUGUACCUACUGAGUUACGUUUUUAUGUAAAUACCCC